AUGAAUACUCAGUGCCUGGAAACAACAACGCAAAUUCCCCCAGAACCACCUGACAUCUCACCAAAAACAUUCACACACACACACACUGCAAAACAGCCCCCACUCAACUUUAAGGAAAAUUUGCUUGCAAAUGAAGAACAAAUUGAUUUGGAAAUGGAUCCCAUUGACGAUAUACAAAUGCAAGAUUCAAGUACUGCAACUACUAUCCAGCCACAAGAGAAGUUAUCUCCAUACGUUGGUGGAAUCAAAGCAAUUACACUCACAGACCAAGAAAAAGAAGCACUUAACUAUCCAUGGAAAUUCUCCUUAAUUAUUAAACUCUUUGGAAAAAGAAUAGUUCACUAUUACUUAAAAGCAAAAAUACAAGAGUUGUGGAAACCUACGGAACAAUUCCCUCUAAUAGAUCUGGGCUAUGAUUAUUACAUUGUUAAGUUCACACAAGAAGAAAACAUGCGGAAGGUACUCCAAAAUCGGCCAUGGUUCGUUAAUGGACACUUCCUGUCGAUUAAGCAUUGGGAACCAAAUUUUGUGGUUGCAGAUGCCCAACAAACUAUCUCUGCGGUUUGGGUACGAUUGCCACAACUCCCCACGGAGUUCUAUGAUGAAUCUUUACUGAGGAAAAUUUGGAAUUCUAUCGGAUCAUUGCUAAAAAUUAAUGCUUGUAUGAGUACCACUCUUAGAGGACGGUAUGCUAGGUUGUGCAUCCAAGUUCCAUUAGAGGAACCCGUCACUACACGAAAACUUAUUGGCUCACAUUUGCAGCAAAUAAUAUAUGAAGGGGAGGGUUUUUUAUGCAAACUAUGUGGAAGGUUGGGCCACACAAGAUCAAGAUACCCGUAUCAGGAAAUCAAAGGCCAUGAUCAAAACAAAUUGACCAACAACCAGCGUCUCAUAAAUCAUGUACAAGAGGAAGAGUGA